ACAUUUGGGGUGUCCCAGCCCUGGGAAGGGCCCUGGGGACAUUUGGGGUGUCCCAGCCCUGUGCCCUGGGGUGUUCCCCAUGCUGUCACUGUCUCUGCUGUGACCUGGAACGUCUCCCCACGCUCAUUCCCGGUUUAUCCCCACGUGGAGAUCUCACAUUUUGCUCCUGCAGUUGCUCCUGUACCCAGGCCAGGAGCUGGGGUGGCACAAGUGACCCAGAUCCUGCCCAGGAUUGCCACAGGAGCUUCCCACCCCCCAGGGCAGGGUGAUGAUCCCGUUCCUGCCUGCAGGAGCACCCCAGCCCCAGGGGAGAAGAUAUUUCUCCCUGUUUUUCAGGGGUGUUUCUUUCCCCCCCAGUUCCCUCGGAUCAUCCUGUGGCUGAUGGUGGAACUGGCCAUCAUCGGCUCCGACAUGCAGGAGGUCAUCGGCUCUGCCAUCGCCAUCAACCUGCUCUCCGUGGGGAAGAUCCCGCUCUGGGGGGGAGUGCUCAUCACCAUCGCCGACACCUUCGUUUUCCUCUUCCUCGACAAAUACGGCUUGAGGAAGCUGGAGGCGUUUUUUGGGUUCCUCAUCACCAUCAUGGCCCUGACCUUUGGAUAUGAGUACAUCACAGUGAAGCCCAACCAGGAGAAGCUGCUGCAGGGACUGUUCAUCCCCUACUGCAAGGACUGUGGCACACCACAGCUGGAGCAGGCUGUGGGCAUCGUGGGUGCCGUCAUCAUGCCCCACAACAUGUACCUGCACUCUGCCCUGGUCAAGGUGAGCACCCCAGGAGGGGGCCCUGGGCUCAGGAAACACCCCCAGAGGAGCCUGGGCACGUGGGGUGUUGUGGGGUGUUGUGGGGUGUUGUGGGGUGUUGUGGGGUGUUGGUGCCUUGAGGGGCUGGGCAGGGUUAAAGGAAUAAAAGUUCCUUACUCACGCCUUACUCACGCCUUACUCACGCCUUACUCACGCCUUACUCGUUCCUUACUCACGCCUUACUCACGCCUUACUCGUUCCUUACUCGUUCCUUACUCACGCCUUACUCCCGGUGUCCCCCAGGGUUUCCUGAACCUGCGCUGGUCGCGCUUUGCGCGGGUGCUGCUGACGCGCUCCAUCGCCGUCACCCCCACGCUGUUCGUGGCGAUUUUCCAGGACGUGGAGCACCUGACGGGGAUGAACGACUUCCUGAACGUGCUCAUGAGCCUCCAGCUCCCGUUCGCGCUGAUCCCGGUGCUCACCUUCACCAGCCUGCCCAGCGUCAUGCACGACUUCGCCAACGGCCUGUUCUGGAAGGUGGCCGGGGGUCUCCUGAUCCUGCUCAUCUGCUGCAUCAACAUGUACUUCGUGGUGGCCUACGUGAUGUCCCUGCACAACCUGGGGCUCUACAUCGGGGCCGCCGUGCUCAGCGUCAUCUACCUGUCCUUCGUGGCGUACCUGACGUGGCUGUGCCUCAUUGCCCUGGGCGCCUCCUUCCUGGCCUGCGGGAGCACGGGCCGCCUGGGCUUCGCCGCCCACCCCGAGCUCUUCCUCCUCGGCCACGUCGAUUCCGACCCGUCCGUCCCCAGGUGACCCCAGGAGCGGAGCGGACCCCCAGGACCCCCCCCAGGACCCCCGGAGCGGUGGGACUGACCCCGGGACCCCCCCCGGGACUCCCGGAGCAUUGGGACUGACCCCGGGACCCCCCCCGGGACUCCCCCCAGGACCCCCGGAACGAUGGGACCUCCCCCAGGAGCCCCGGUGCUGUGGGACGGACCCCGGGACCCCCCCAGGACCUCCGGGACCCCCGGAACGGUGGGACAGACCCCGGGACCUCUCGGUGCCCCGGGACCCCCGGACCGGUGGGACUGACCCCGGGAUCCCCAGGACACCCCCGGGACCCCCGGAGCAUUGGGACUGACCCCGGGACCCCCAGGACUCCCCCCAGGACCCCCGGAACGAUGGGACCUCCCCCAGGAGCCCCGGAGCGGUGGGACAGACCCCGGGACCCCCCCCGGGACCCCCGGAGCGGUGGGACAGACCCCGGGACCCCCGGGACCCCUCGGUGCCCCGGGACCCCCGGAGCAGUGGGACAGACCCCAGGACCCCCAGGACUCCCCCCAGGACCCCCGGAGCAUUGGGACUGACCCCGGGACCCCUCCGUGCCCCGGGACCCCCGGAGCGGUGGGACUGACCCCGGGACCCCCGGGACCCCUCGGUGCCCCGGGACCCCCGGAGCAGUGGGACAGACCCCAGGACCCCCAGGACUCCCCCCAGGACCCCCGGGACCCCCGGAGCAUUGGGACUGACCCCGGGACCCCUCCGUGCCCCGGGACCCCCGGACCGGUGGGACUGACCCCGGGACCCCCGGAACCCCCCCGGGACCCCCGGAGCGGUGGGACAGACCCCAGGACCCCUCGGUGCCCCGGGACCCCCGCACGGAGCCCCGCGCGUGUGGCAGGAGCGGAGCGGAGCCGGCACCGGGGACAGCGGGACCAGGAGGAGCCCCCGGGCCAGGGACAGCUCUGGACCACUCCAAGCUUUUCCCCAUUUCCCCCAAACUGCGGCUCCGGGAAGAAUCCCUGGAUAUUUCCUGGAUUUCCGAUCACUCCAGUUCGAUUUUGCUCCUUGGCGGUUUUCCAUAAUUUGGGGCUGUUCCCAGAAUUCCCAGGAAAAGCCGGAUUUGCUGCCAGGCUCUGGGGACAGAGACAUUUCCCAGCAUUUCCAGGAGUUUUGGGCACUUCCAGAGCUCCAAAUCCACCCCCAGAAGGCUUCAAGGACAGCAAUUCCCGAAAAACCAGCGGAGCGCCGGGAAUUUCCUUCCUCCUUUUCAGCCUGUUUUAGAAAUAAAAAUAUCGCUGCCCAG